AUGCCAGGAAACGCCACGCUGGAGACCGGCCCUGCGCUGGGGGCCCUGUCGAUGGGCGUGUCUUCCCACACGUGCAAUGUGCCCUUCAACGACAGCAGGGUGUUCCUGGUGACCGUGUACAGCGGCGUGUGCGUGCUGGGCCUGCCAGCCAACUGCCUGACGGCGUGGCUCACGCUGCUGCAGGCACGCCAGGGCCACGUGCUGGCCGUCUACCUCUUCUGCCUGGCGCUCUGCGAGCUGCUCUACAUCAGCACCCUGCCGCUCUGGGUCGUUUACAUCCAGCACGGGCACCGCUGGCCGCUCAGCCCCUGGGCCUGCAAGGUGACCGCCUACGUCUUCUUCUGCAACCUCUACAUCAGCAUCCUCUUCCUUUGCUGCAUUUCCUGCGACCGCUUCCUGGCGGUGGUGUACGCGCUGGAGACGCGGGGCCGCCGCCACCAGAAGACCGCCAUCCUCAUCUCCGCGACAGUCUUCCUUCUCGUCGGGCUCGUCCACUCCCCGGUGUUCAAGAUGGAGCACGAUGAAACUUGCUUCGAGACGCUGCCGAUGGACCACAAGGUGGCCGGGUACUACUACGCACGCUUCAUGGUGGGCUUUGCUGUCCCGCUGUCCAUCAUCGCCAUCACCAACCAGCGCAUCUUCAGGACCAUCCAGCGGAGCACCAGCCUGAGCACUUCCCAGAAGGCCAAGGUGAGGCUCCUGGCCAUUGCGGUCGUGGCCAUCUUCCUGGUCUGCUUCGCCCCCUACCACCUGGUGCUCUUGAUCAAAGCCAUCGCCUUUUCCUACCACAGAGGGGCUGAAGAACCUGUGUGCGACUUUGAAAUCCGCCUGUACACGGCCUCCGUGGUGUUCCUGAGCCUGGCCACCGUGAACAGCGUGGCUGACCCCAUCAUCUACGUGCUGGCCGCGGAAGUGACCCGCCAGGAAGUGUGCAGAAUCCACAAGGGGUGGAAAAAGUGGUCCACGAAGACAGAUGACACCAAGCUUGCAUGCUCGAAGGACUCGGAGGAGGCACAGUCGCCCAUGUCCCCCACCAACAGCUACGCCUUCCCCGGGCCCGUCCACCCACCAGGGCCAUCACUGGGCACCCCAGAGGGGCUGGCCGAGGGGUCCUGCUGA